CAACCAACGUCGAUCCAGGGCAAACUUUGCGAGGUAACACCGCAAACAGUCAUCCAACACCAAUUGAGCAAGUGCAGCCGACAAGGCACAACUUUGUGGCAAAGGGGCCGUGUAACCGAGCCCUGAGCUGAACUUCCAGGGGUCGAGGCAAUUUCGAGCUUACGCAGAGACAGACUAGAGAAACCUGGAAACCAAAUACGGCUCCCUCCACACUUUCGACCUCGACCUCGGGACAAACAUUUUCACUCCGGCCAAUCCCGAACCCAUUCACCGAAAUCAUCCCGUAGAAACCCUAUAACUCGGAACGUCCUGUUAACUACUUCCAUUCCUGCUUUGCAACGGACCAGUCUCCCGUCAGAUCAACGAUCCCAGCGGCGAUGAAUCGAGUCAACGGAUAUGGCGCCAUCGAAGGCUCGGCGCCCUCCAAUGGCAACGGGGCAGACGAAGAGCAGCCCCUUCUGGUCGGGAGGACUGCCAAGUCACGGACGGCCGACAUUCGCCGGAAACUGAUGGUCGACAUCGAUCGCGAUUGGGCUGAUGUCGUCCUGAUCCUGUGUUAUCUGAUCACCGGCCUUCUGGACAGCGCCUCGAUAUCCAUCUGGGGCUCGUUCGUGUCUAUGCAGACAGGAAACACGGUCUACAUUGGGCUCGGGCUCGCGGCACCCAACGAGUCGACGAGAUGGAUCAAGUCCGGCACCUCCCUCGCGUGCUUCUGCGUCGGAUCUUUCUUGUUCAGUCGCUUCCACCGAUACUUCUCGCCCAAGCGCCGAUGGGUCCUCUGCGCCUCGUUUUCCUUCCAGGUUCUCCUCAUCGUCUUAGCAGCCACGCUGGUGACGUUCGGCCCAAGUGGAGGAGGCGACGACGUCAGCUGGAACGUCCUGGUGCCCAUCGCCCUGGUCGCCUUCCAGAGUUGCGGCCAGGCCGUCGCGAGCAGGGCGCUGAAGUACAACGCCCUCACCAGCGUCGUCCUGACCAGCAUCUACUGUGACCUCUUCUCGGACGCCGACCUCUUCAAGCUGCACAACGUCGAACGGAACCGCAGGCUCGCAGCGCCGGUCAUGCUCCUCAUCGGUGCCGUCGCCGGCGGCCUGUUUGCGCACAGUUCUUUGGGUAUAGCUGGGGCCCUAUGGGCGGCGGCAGGGCUCAAACUGUUUGCCGUCAUUGCCUGGGUUCUCUGGCCGGAGGACUCGAGUGAGUGAGUGGACGAAGCUUAGCUUAGUCUUGCUUUGGGCCGACUCGAAAAGGGGAGCAUUACUUCAUCGGCAGAUAUGGGGCACGCACGUGCCGUGUCCGGCUCGGGUCUGUCCGCAUGUGGCUCUCUCAUCAACACAUGCAGCGCGGGACAUAUGUUAAGUGGGUACCUGUGUUCGAAGCCAUGUCGGCCUUGGCAGUUCGGCAAAGUCGCUCUUCGCCCAGGCUUGGGAAAUGGACCAAAUACUAUGGUAGUCUUGACAAAAUGAAUAACAACUGUUAUUAGGAGCCCAAGAACGUCCCAAAUCAAAGUCGAACUCGACUGUUGCUCCUACAACUUGCAAGUG